UCCCCACUCUUCCCGACCUCGGCAGCGGAAGGCGAAACAAUGGCGACGGCGAGCAGUAUGGCCGAGCUUCCAGACCUACGCCACAGCGGGCUCGAUUUUUUGCUGGAUCCGAUAGACAGACUCCCACUCAUAGAGGUCACGGGUGGUGUUGACCAGCUAGAUCCGUUGGUUUUGACGGCUGUUGGGCCGUCGGCAGUGGCACACGCCGACUCGUUGUGCGGGGUUGCAGCUGGACAACACGGCGGCUCUGCUGAGCAGAUCGAUUCCGGCCGCAAGAGGAAGCAGCCGCCUACUGAAUCCUUCGAGUCCACCAGAGAGUUGCACCAAGAUGGGCAUUGUCGUUGUGGAACAGAAGGUAUACAUAGAAAAUCAGUGUUCCUUUGUCUGAAUCCAUGAUUCUGUUUAGUGCCUAUGUCUAAAAAGCCUCGUGAGCACUACUACUGCUGUCAGCAAAUUGGUCCUCUGUUUUUUGGUAAUCCUCCGUGCGUGCAAUUGACAUACAUAGUGUUUUCAAGGCAGAUUAUGUUGUCCAUGUGCGCAAUUAGCAAAUAUAUUGUUUUCUGGGCAGACCAUGUCAUACAAAAGCAUGCAG